AUGUCUACAUCCUACACCAUCUCCAUUGAGAAUAAUCGCGGUGCAAAUACCAACUAUGCUACCUUCAUGGAACCUCCGGAAUUUACUGGUGGGCUACAGCCUUUCAUGAACGUUUGGUAUACAGCGUUUGUCCCCCAGGGUGGAAGUUUUGAACUCCGUACUGGCAUGGACUUUUAUGCAUGGACUGGCACUGUGCCUACUGCACCUGUUCCAGGAGUAGUUGUAACCAGCGGUAUGAGCUUGCUGGCUCGCCUUGGCAAUGAUUCAGUGCCCGGAAGCACAUUUCAGAAGAAAGUCAUUCAGAACUUCCCCGUCAUUGAAGAAACCAGUCCAUCUGCCGUUUCAGGCGCAUAUGAGAUUAAGACCGGCCAAGAUUUCACCAUGCCCAAUAACACAUAUCUCGUUGGUCUUGCAAAGGUCAAUAAUCGAGGGCAGGUUACUCCAGUUGCAUCGGUUGCUCCAAGGAAUGACAUGAGCAUCCAGAUCACUCCGAAGAUGAAGUUCUUUAUCACCGAGAGCCAGCAGAUUUCAGGUGAAAUUGUUGAUUACCAUGCUGUUACUAGAGAGGGUGCUACCAUUGAUUUUAGUAGCGGCGAAGGAAAGGGGAAGUUUUAUGCACGCGUGGUUCAAGGUGCUGACGGUAGAUACACCGUUACCUAUUACAGCGACUUUGACAAUUGA